AACCACCUAACGUAUCCGAUGUCGGCAUCGUCGCCCACAACCCAAACGCCCGAGGCAACAGGCAAAAACCUCAGGCGAGAAAAGGCGAAACGCCCACCCCAUGCUCCGACCACGGGAGAUCAGCGCAUGCCUUCCCACUAUCACGUGCUUAAUGAGCGAUAUACCAGGGCGCUCUUGCAAGGACGUCCCUUACAUCCUACUCUCUGAAUUCCCGACGCCCAAAGUCCCAGCGUCCCAACAGAUUCGCAAUUGUCAGUGCGCUUGGCGCCUGGUUGACAAAGGCCCCCGUCUCAGAUUCAUGACAUGAGAGUCGCAAUUGGGUCGGUGCUGC